AUGGGGGAGCCAGCAGUGCAUCUUUUGGAAUUCGUUUUCUCAUUCUUGCCGCCGGCGCGUCUCGUACACUGGCGACAAGCUUCUCCAUCGCUGCGCCAUCUGCCGCCUCGCUUUCCGUUGCAGUUGUACUCGAACUUUGCGAUGGGGAAGGGAAGGCGUGCACCCGCGGUCAUCUAUGACCCCGAUGCACACCGCGAGUUUGUGACGGGUUUCCGCAGCCGGAAGCAGGCUCGGCGACAAGAAGCCGCCGCAUCGGCAGUCACUGCCGAAAAGGAAGCGCGCCGGCAGAUGCGCAAGGAGAAACGAAACGUUCUACGAGCAGCUGCGGAAAAAAGCCGCGGAACCCUCGACGACUCAGAUGAUGAGCCGAAGGCCGAGGAGAUCAGUCGCGAAGAGACAACGUAUCAGACGGACGACACUGUUGUAACGGCAGUUGUGGCGCCUCUCGAAACAGCGCUUGACAAGCGCGUGGUUCACGAGAAACGUAAAGUCGCAGCUUCCGUUGCGCAGAAGGGUACGGGUGGCAAGGAGAAGGAAGGUCUCAUUCUCAAGGCGAAGAAGGCACAGUCGACGGGAGGUCGGAAACGAAGGGUAUCUUAUACACAUACACUGUCAAAAGUGAAUAAGCGAAAGCUCCAGUUGAAGAGAAGGAAAGCUGAGAGAAUUUGA